AUGGACAGCUACGAGUCGUUGAACGUGAUAGGGUCUGGAUCCUUUGGCCUCAUCCGCAAAGUCAGGCGGAAGAGUGAUGGCAAGAUAUUUGCGAGGAAGGAGAUCGAUUACCGGAAGAUGAGCGAGAGAGAGCGAAAGCAGCUCGUCGCGGAGGUGAACAUUCUCCGCGAACUUCGGCAUCCGCAUAUAGUACGGUAUUAUGAGCGGCAUGUCGAUAAGGGCAACUCGAUGAUCUAUAUUAUAAUGGAAUACUGCGAAGGAGGGGAUCUUGCGGCCGUCAUCCGAAAAGCUAGGAAGACGGGCCAAAGAUUUCAAGAAGCCCACAUAUGGAACAUCUUGGCACAAUUGCUGCUCGCACUACACGAAUGCCAUCAAGGGUCCCCUGGAUCGUCCAAAAGUGGAUCACAUCCUCCCAUAUUACAUAGGGACAUCAAGCCGGAUAACGUGUUCCUGGAUGGAAGUCAUAACGCAAAGCUUGGGGACUUCGGGCUAUCACGGCUGAUGGAUGGCGCGGACUUUGCACAGACAUACGUUGGAACACCAUUCUACAUGUCCCCUGAGCUUAUCAGCGAAUCGGCAUACAACAAGAAAUCCGAUAUUUGGGCGUUAGGAUGCAUCAUCUACGAGAUGUGCACACUCGAACCACCAUUUCAGGCGAGAACGCAAACCCAGCUCGCUGCGAAGAUACAGCGCGGUAUCAUAGAGCCCUUGCCAUCGCAGUUUUCGCGGGAGCUGUACCAGGUUAUGAGGGAGAUGCUGCGUGUGAAGCACGAGAUGCGGCCAUGUACCAGUGCGUUGCUCGAACAUCCCAAGAUCAUGCAAUGUCUCGGUCAGGGCCCACGGCAGUAA